CCAAAUUUGUGCAGUACAUAGUUUGAACACACAUCGCGUGCUAAGCAAUGCCUCUCUGCCUAUAACUGAUAACUAAUUUCAAAUCGACGGCACCUAGGAACUUUUUCUCGAAAAUUGCCUUUUAACACUGAACUGGAAUACGGGCAGACAUGAACGCGGUCAGGAAUGGCGAUCUUAAAUAGUUUCCAGAAUCCGGUGCCAACGUCGCUUGUUCUAAAACUGGUGUUACUCGUCUCAACUCCAGUCCUCCUGUUUCUGACAGCCUACUUCUUCGUUGUACCGAACGUCAUCAGAGACUCGCGACGUCGCAAACUUCCACCCGGUCCAAAAGGUCUUCCUUUCGUGGGCAAUUUGUUUGACUUUGCAGACACUGAAGCACAGCGCGCGAAAGUCAUCGAAUGGCACAAACAGUAUGGCGACGUCUUCUACACUAAGAUUGGGGGCACAGACUACAUAUGGCUUUCUUCUCCAAAAGCCGUAAAAGAUCUUAUGGACAAGCGUUCCUCCAUCUACUCAUCUCGCUCUCCCGCACCGCUCGCUCAGGAUGUUGCAUCUGCGGGGCGACGACAAUUGUUCAUGCAGUAUGGCGCCAAAUGGAGAAGUAUCAGGAAGCAUAGUCAUGAUUUACUGAACUUGAGGGCAAGUGUGAAGUACCAGCCUGUGCAAGAUUAUGAGAGUAAGGUGUUGUUGAAGGAGCUGAUGGACAGCCCUAAUGACUUCCUCUUAAUCAAUCGACGGUAUUCGGCUAGCGUGAUAAUGUUGGUUACGUACGGAUACCGUAUACCAAGCUUUGAUGAUCCCCUCAUCAAAAGAAUAUACGGUGUUCUCGAUCGGUUUACGGACAUGACAGCUCCGGGCGCCCAUGCAAUCGACUCUUUCCCCUCUCUGGCGUCCCUGCCGCAGUGGAUGCUGGGCAACUGGCGAACCUUUGGCCAAAAUAUCUUCAAGGAAGACAGUGCCGUUUAUCUUGAUCUCUGGAACCGUCUCAAACGCGAGACCGACGCCGGUACAGCGCGAGACUGCUUCACCAAAACCUUCUACCUCAAUGACCCCGCCAAAUCUGGCAUCGAUGACUUAGCCGCAGCAUUCACAUGCGGUGGCCUCAUCGAGGCUGGGUCUGAAACAACAGGUACUACGCUCAACAAUUUCGUGCUGUGUAUGGUGCUAUUCCAAAAUGCGCAGAAAAAGGCUCAAGAGGAGUUAGAUAGGGUUGUGGGAGGUGAGAGACUGCCGACAUGGGAAGACGAAGAAAAUCUGCCGUAUGUGAGAGGUGUGAUAAAGGAAGUUUUGAGGUGGAGGCCGGUGAAUAAGUUUGGGAUGCCACAUGCGACUAGCGAGGAUGACUGGUAUGAAGGAUAUUUUAUACCGAAAGGAGCAGUCGCGGUGCUAAACUGGUGGGCUAUUCACUACGACCCUACCCUCCAUCCUAACCCUACUUCCUUCGACCCAUCUCGCUAUCUCAAUCACACUGCCUCAGCAGCGCACUACAUGACCGCUUCUGACCCCUUCUCAAGGGACCACUUCACAUACGGCGCGGGUAGACGCGCAUGCCCUGGCAUCCAUGUCGCCGAGCGCUCGCUGUUCAUCAAUGUAGCGCGCGUUCUCUGGGGCUUUAAUUUGAAGAAGAAGGCCAAGGGGAACGGGAAGGAAGUUGAAGUCACCACGAGGAUGCUACCCGGCUUCUUUAGCGUUCCAGAGGCUUUUGAGUGUGAUAUCAGGCCGCGUAGCAAAGGACAUGCUGAGGUUAUGAAGGGGGAAUUUGAGAGGGCGGAGAGGGAAGGCCUGAACUUCUGA